GCAGCUAAGAUUAAUAAAUUCACAAAUCAAAUUUUAAAUUUGUGUUCCGUUUGAAAAAAGCAACAAACAUAAGGGAGGGACGCUGUUUGUUCUCUUCAACGGUCUAAUUCUGGCGUCCUCCAUUACCAUAUGAUAAAGGCAGACCAGAAAAGCAAAUAAUUUAAAUAUUUUGCCAAAAAAGUGGCUUCAGCAAAGGCUUCCGUCUCAUUAACGUGGCAAAAGAUUUCCCCCAAUGUGGAUAAACCAAGUUAACGGCCACAAGAAGAGAUCUCAACAACUCCCAUUAUAUUGUAGGAGCCGCAGGAUAACCCAAUUCCGAUAAAAUUCAAAUGCCCAAAACAAUGCAGACAGACUUUGCGAUGGAUGUCCCUGUAUUUUAUUCAUUGAUGAAGAUAUUCAAUAAGAAUUUGCAUUUGAAUAGGAUUAUAUGUUGCAGCAGCAGAGCCUCCGAUGAAGCAGAAGCAGAUAUGGGAAAGAAGAGAGUCCCUAAAACUAAUGGGGCAACAGGGCGUAGCUCUACUGCUAAAUCUCUCGCUAAAAGUUGCCCUAAUGUGCAGCUGGUCCUUGCAGGCAGGAACAGGACUAUUCCAAAUGGAAGAAAAAUGUACAGUUCUAGAAACUGUAAUUUCUACUAAGACAGCUUAUAUAGAGGCAUGUGAUGAUUGGAGGUAUUCAUGUCUAGCAAAGAGUUUUCAUGAAAAAUCUGUACCUGCAGGAGUCCUUGCUAUCACCACAAGAAGGAUUGAUCCUGAAGUGAGCAACUGUAUGCCAUCUGCUAAAGCCUGCCUUUGUUUUUUCAGGAUACACACUCAUGAAAAACAUUAUAUGUCAGUAAAAUUCAUGGCUGCAGUUAUUUACAUACUUUUUGUGUAG